AUGUACGCAAAGCGAGAGAGGCUAGCAGCUCAGGAUGGGCUAUCCAACAACACUACGACCGCUCUUCAUCGCCAAUCCACAAGUCCAGUGACUCAAAUUUACACAGGCCGGACUCCAAGCAUAUGUAAGCCGGGCUGUCAGUAUGUUCAUCCUAUGCGUCUUGCCCCCCGUGCCUAUACACACCCGCCAAAUCAGUCAUGCCAAACGCCUGUACUUGGAAGCGAAGGCUCUCAAAAGGGUCAGUCAGCAGGAAGCAAUUCUCCGACGCAGUCACGGGCGGAUCUCUAUUGUCCGUCAAUGUGGAGCUGCUCGGGUCAAACACCGCGGCUUUCAUUGCAGAUCCAUGAUGGUUCUCCAAUGAUGUCACCUGGGGCCUCACAGACCAAUGUAACUAGCCGCUCCUCCUUCGGAUACUCACAAGAGAAUGGAAGCACUUUGGACACAACAAGCCCCGUAUCCCGGUCAUCUUUGGAUUUUGUUUUCAGAUCCAAGACACGAGCCAGCCCGGAUCCUGUGGCUCGAGCAGCUACGGUACGGGCAGCACGUCAGGCAUUUGAAGAAAGGGAGGCAGCCAAAACGUGGAGAUUCAAAGCUCAACAGAUAAAGUUUGAAGAGAAACAAACAAAGCAAAGAAGGAAGCAAGUAGGGCGGAUGGGAUCCAUUGAUGGCAAUGUAACCCAGACAAGCCGGGAGGACGAGGUUCAUGAGAAACCAAAGUCCUCGCCCUCACAAUCAGAACCCAGGACGGGCAUUUGGAAAUCGCAACCCGGAAACACAUGGGUCCUUUUUCUCACAUGGCUACGUACCAGAAUUUUCAAGAUACGGAGAAAGAUUCAGAAAUUAGCCUAA